UUUUAGAGAGAUGUUACCUGCUUCGAUUUGGGAGGCAAUCACAGAGAUUAGCUUAUUCUUUCGUGAGUUAACAAGAAAGAAUAUCACCGUUUCUGACAUGGAGAAGCUAAAGGCAGAUAUUCCCAUUAUUCUAUGCAAGUUGGAGAAGAUUUUCCAACCGUCAUUCUUUGACCCCAGUGAGCAUCUUGUUGUACAUUUACCAGAUGAAGCUUUAUGGGGCCGACCUGCACAGUAUCGUUGGAUGUAUCGUUUUGAAAAUUUCCUAGGAUCAGUCUUGAAGACAAAAAUAGGAAACAAGGCAAGAGUUGAGGCCUCAAUCAGGGAAGGUUAUUUGCAAAGUGAGAUGGGUACAUUUGCGAGUUACUAUUUCCCGGAGGAAGUGGUUACAAAGGAACGCCGUGUGCAUAGAUUGGAUGGUGGUUUCUUUAUUAAUGAUGAUGCUAGCGCUUCAAUUUUUGCACAAAAGGCAAAAGCAGUCGGUGCAAGCACGCGGCGACACAUGAACCAAAACG